AGAGAAGGGUGGGAGGUGGAAGCAGCAUCCCAGCCAUCUGGGACCUGGCGGAGGGCGUCCUCACUCCGGGGUGAGCAGAGGACCCGCCCUGACCUAGCCUGGUCCAGCCUAGUCCUGCCUCGCCUGAACGCCCCGCCCCGGAGCCGGGUCUGAGGCAGGGUCCACUGGGGUCCCAGAGUGCCAGAUGACCCAGGAGUAGACUUGGGACUUCCCCAGCCUUCAUCUUAUUUAUGCCUUGUCCCAGCCUCAGCAGUGGUAGGUGAAAUGGUCCCCAUUUUCCAGACUGGAAGCUCCUAAGGGCAAUAACUUUGCUUCUGAAGUGAAGGAGACUGACAUUUUCUGAGCACUUCCUUGUGCCCAGCAGCAUGCGCAGCCGCGAUGGACAAGAUCCUUGAGGCGGUGGUGAUGUCGUCGUACCCCGAAAGCGUGAAACAAGGGCUGGUGCGGCGCGUGUUGGAAGCGGCACGGCAGCCCCUGGAGCGGGAGCAGUGCCUAGCGCUGUUGGCGCUGGGCGCACGCUUCUACGUGGGUGGCGCCGACGAGCUGCCGCGCCGCGUGGGCUGCCAGUUGCUGCACGUAGUCGGCCGCCACCACCCCGAUGUCUUCGCUGAGUUCUUCAGCGCGAGCCGCGUGCUGCGCCUGCUGCAGGGUGGCGCCGGCCCACCUGGCCCCCGUGCGCUCGCCUGCGUGCAGCUCGGCUUGCAGCUGUUGCCCGAGGGGCCCGCGGCCGAGGAGGUGUUCGCGCUGCUGAGGCGCGAGGUGUUGCGCACUGUGUGCGAGCGCCCGGGCCCCGCGGCUUGCGCGCAGGUUGCCCGGCUGCUGGCGCGGCACCCGCGCUGCGUGCCCGACGGCCCGCACCGCCUGCUCUUCUGCCAGCAGCUGGUGCGCUGCCUGGGCCGCUUCCGCUGCCCGGCCGAGGGCGAGGAGGGCGCCGUGGAGUUCCUGGAACAGGCUCAGCAGGUGAGCGGGCUCCUGGCGCAGCUGUGGCGCGCGCAGCCCGCCGCCAUCCUGCCCUGCCUCAAGGAGCUGUUCGCCGUCAUCUCUGGCACAGAAGAGGAGCCACCGUCUAGUGCCCUGGCCAGCAUGGUCCAGCACCUCCCACUGGAGCUCAUGGAUGGUGUUGUCCGGAACCUCAGCAAUGAUGACAGUGUGAUGGACUCUCAGAUGCUGACUGCCAUUAGCAGGAUGAUCGACUGGGUGUCCUGGCCCCUGGGGAAGAACAUUGACAAGUGGAUCAUUGCACUGCUGAAGGGCCUGGCCGCUGUUAAGAAGUUCAGCAUCUUGAUUGAGGUUUCACUCGCCAAAAUUGAGAAGGUUUUCUCCAAGCUUCUGUACCCCAUUGUCCGGGGAGCCGCCUUAUCUGUCCUCAAGUACAUGCUCCUGACCUUCCAGCACUCCCAUGAGGCCUUCCACCUGCUCCUCCCUCACAUCCCUCCCAUGGUGGCCUCUCUGCUCAAGGAGGACUCCAACUCGGGGUCCAGCUGCCUGGAGCAGCUGGCAGAGCUGGUCCACUGCAUGGUGUUCCGGUUCCCCGGCUUCCCGGAUCUGUAUGAGCCUGUCAUGGAGGCCAUCAAGGACCUCCACGUUCCCAAUGAGGACCGCAUCAAGCAGCUGCUGGGGCAGAAUGCCUGGACCUCUCAGAAGAGUGAGCUGGCUGGCUUCUACCCUCGGCUCAUGGCCAAGUCAGACACGGGCAAGAUUGGUUUAAUUAACCUGGGCAACACAUGCUACGUGAACAGCAUCCUUCAGGCCUUGUUCAUGGCUUCUGACUUCAGACACUGUGUGCUCCGUUUGACUGAGAACAACUCACAGCCCUUGAUGACCAAGCUGCAGUGGCUCUUCGCCUUCCUGGAGCAUAGCCAGCGGCCGGCCAUUUCUCCAGAGAACUUCCUCUCGGCGUCCUGGACACCCUGGUUUAGCCCCGGCACCCAGCAGGACUGCUCGGAGUACCUAAAGUACCUGCUGGAUCGGCUGCACGAGGAGGAGAAGACGGGGACCAGGAUCUGCCAGAAGCUCAAGCAGUCCAGCUCGCCGUCCCCCCCGGGGGAGCCCCCCGCCCCCAGUUCAACCUCUGUGGAGAUGAUGUUCGGAGGCAAGAUUGUGACGCGGAUAUGCUGCCUUCGCUGCCUCAAUGUCUCCUCCAGGGAGGAGGCCUUCACGGACCUCUCCCUCGCCUUCCCCCCACCUGAGCGCUGUCGCAGCCGCCGCCUGGGCUCAGUGAUGCUCCCUGCAGAGGACAUCAGAGCCCCGGAGCCCCCACCGCCGUCCCUGGCCCAGGUCCAAAGCAGGGCGGGUCCUGGGAGGCAGAGGAAGCACUGCAUCACGGGGCACGUCCCCCCAGCUGUCCUGGGCGUGGAAGGCCUGGGCCCCCAGGGACCUGGAGUGCAGAGCCGGCAGGAGCCGGUGGAGACAGAGGAGGAAGCGGAGGAGGGGAGAGGAGAGGACGUGGGCGAGAAGGGUGGAGAACGAGCUGGAGAGGCGGAGGAGGAGGAGAAAGAGGUAGAAGAGGAGAAGGUGGAGGAGGAGGAGGAGGACGACAGCCGCCCAGGCGCUCACCCGGCCGCCCCCUCUGCGGAGGGCUCCCGCUCCGUCCUGGACCUGGUCAACUACUUCCUGUCCCCCGAGAGGCUCGCGGCGGAGAACCGCUACUACUGCGAGUCGUGCGCGUCGCUGCAGGAGGCCGAGAAGGCGGUGGAGCUGAGCCAGGGCCCGCGCUACCUCAUCCUCACGCUGCUGCGCUUCUCCUUCGACCUGCGCACCAUGCGGCGCCGCAAGAUCCUGGACGACGUCGCCGUCCCCCUGCUGCUCCGCCUGCCGCUGGCCGGGGGCCGGGCCCAGGCCUACGACCUGUGCAGCGUCGUGGUGCACUCCGGGGUGUCCUCCGAGAGCGGCCACUACUACUGCUACGCCCGCGAGGGCGCCGCCCGCCCGGCCCCUUGCCCGGGAGCGGCGGACAGGCCCGAGCCCGAGCACCAGUGGUACCUCUUCAACGACACCCGGGUGUCCUUCUCCUCCUUCGAGUCGGUCAGCAACAUCACCUCCUUCUUCCCCAAGGACACGGCCUAUGUGCUCUUUUACCGGCAGCGGCCUGGGGAGGGCCCCGAGGCCGAGCCAGGCUCCCCCAGAGUCCGCACAGAGCCCACCCUCCCCAAAGACUUGAUGGAAGCCAUUUCCAAAGACAACAUCCUUUUCCUGCAGGAGCAGGAGAAGGAGGCACGGAGCAGGGCCGCCUACAUCUCUACGCUCCCCCCUUCUCCGCACUGGGGAAGGGGCUUUGACGAAGACAAGGAUGAGGACGAAGGCUCUCCAGGGGGUUGCAACCCUGCCGGUGGCAAUGGUGGUGACUUCCACAGACUGGUCUUCUAAUGUGAACACUUCCCUGUUCCUAGCUGUGGGGGUGCCUCAGCCGGCCUCCGGGGAGGCCCUGACCCCUUUCUUUGGGAACCAGGUCUGGUUCUAAACACAGGCCCUUCCAAGGGCAAGAAAGGAGGAGAGGAAGCAUGUGGGACUCUGGUCCUCAGUCUGAGGGUACACGGAGACUGAGAUGCAGAGGUGAGACCCAAACCCCUUCAACUCAGCCUCAAGCCCUGAUGCUGGCCUCGACCCCAUUAGGAUUUUACUGAGUGUCUUGGCCAACUUGAAGCACCUUAGAUGGGACCCUGGAGCCUGCGCGCUCGCAGCCUGUGGACAGGGCUGCGCUGUGCAGCUCCAGUGUUUGCCUGGGCAGCAUUGCCCUUCCAGCUCCUUCCCGGCGGCCCCGUUGCUCUCCAGCAUAAAAGCAGAGUGGGGGCCGCGCCCUUGCCCCUCUGUGCAUCACACCUCUGGCUGCCUUGGUUCUCUGGGGUUUCACCGGCAACGUGUGGGUGCUGCUCUGUUUGUACUUCUGAGUGGAGUGUAGACGGGAAGCAGCCUGGCCCAGCAGGAACACACAGAGGCGAGGACAGCCCCACACAGUGGGGAACCCCUCUCCCCUAGCCUGCCUCAGUGCCUGAGAUGCCACUGUUUGCAUCCCCCUCUGGUUAAGACAGAGAAUCUUUUAUUGCAAUUAUGUCUGUUUCUCACGAAGCCACUGUCUG